AAUGAAUGGGAGAGAGGCGCAAUUCAGCGACGGCGAUGCACGGGAACUAGCGAUGGUGACAGUGGGCGAGUCGAGCACGCACGGUGAGUUAGGUAUAACUACUACUUAUGCAAAACCCGCGUGCAUGCAGUUCGGACAACGCAGAAGAAGAAUGCGCACGGUGCGAGAGAGUGGCAAAGAGCGACACGACAUGGGCAGAAGAAGAAGAAGGUGAAGCAGAAGAUGAUGACGAAGAACACUCGUCGCAGCGGAUGUCUGCGCUACUCUGCGCUGCAGAAUGCCAUUGCACUCAGUCGGAUUGGCCGGAGCUCGAGGAAGCAAAGAAGAAGCGGUGCAAGGCGCAGACCGAGGGCGCAUCUCCAUCUCUGAGGACAUCACGGCCCAGCCACGGAACAGAACAGGGCGCGCAAGGGACGUCGAAUCUGCCGGGUAUGCGACCCACUCUGGACCGGAAACACGCGACGACGGACUGGCGAACAAGGGAAACAAGCAAGUGCUCCCGCCCGCCACUGUUUCAGCGCAUCGCUCCGCACCGCCCCCACCAACGGCCCCCACCCGCUGUUUACGCACAGCCUCAGCACGUCCCGCUUAAACCAUCGCGAUCCGGCCGCUCGAUAACAUCACCCACAAACAAGCCGGUCGCGUUUCAAUCCGGCAGCACCGUGCGGGAACGCGCGUGUUUCCUUCCCCUGAGCACCGUUGAACCCUUCAACCCACGUGGGAGCUUGCAAACGGAUCCAUCGCAUCGAACGCGCAACGCUUCGGGGCCACGAUGGCGACGGCGAUUAUAUUUCGCCGCGUUAUCCAACGAAACCACUUCUUCCCAUCGACUCCGUAUGCUCUCGAUCUCAACUCACUUUGUAAUGCUCUUUAUUCGGCCGUAGAGAUACACCACCACGCUCCAUUGACAUAAGUACUCCUCCAAACGCCUCAUCAACCCCCACCAUCCGUGAAUCCCCAGACAACCACCUC